GAACACACAGUGGAAACAUCUCUCCCGACACUCAGCAAACAUCCAGCAGGCAUUUUAGAUCCUCUCAGGGACGCCAUGCUUCCAGCAUAAUGUCAGCUAAAGUUGCAAUCCAGAAGUUCUCCCUCCCUUUCUCCUGUGCUGCACGCCUUUCUCAGCAAGAUGAGUUGACGCAGAAGGGAUGUGUACAGGUGAAGGUCCUGGAGCUUCCUGACCUCCAGGCGAAUCGAAUCCUAAGCAAAGUAGGCUCUGUUGCCGUUAUAGGAGCUCUGGUGCAUAAUGAGAACCAGGCUAAGGAGAGUCCAAAGUCUCCUCCUGUUGGAGACACGGCACCUGCCCAGGUCCUGGUCUGUGCUAAAGCUUCCAAGAGUGCUGUGUUCUCCAGGCAUAGUGUUUUUGAGAAACUCACGGUUGAGAGUGAAGAUCAGCGUCCUGCUGCAAAGAGGCAGCUGUCCUCAGAGAGUGCAGCCAGGACCAUCACCGUGGUGAAGAAGAGUGCGGUGAGGACUGAGGUGGAGGAACACAGGCACCUGAAAACUAAAGCACACCCGGGACAGAGGGCGACACCGUGCACUGUGACGGGGGGGAAGAGGAGGCGUAGAAAGGACCUCUUCACCAACUCGGAGGUCUUCAACAGGGUCAACUCACAUGUCAUCAGAGCAGGAGUAGAGCUGAAGGAGAAUUGUGUGUAUGAUGUGAAGACGAUAGUGCGGAGCAUCACACAAGGAGCCAGGAAUGAGUUGGAGCGGCUUCGUGCCAUCUGGGUCUGGCUGUGCCACAACAUCGAGUAUGAUGUGAGUGGGUACCUUGGGCGCUCGGAGAAACUGAGCUCCCCGGAGGAGGUGAUAGCGGCCGGGCGGGGGGUGUGCUGCGGAUACUCCAGCCUCUGCUCAGAGAUGUGCAGAGAGGUUGGCAUUGAGUGCCAAGAAGUCCCGGGCCACAGUAAGGGCAUCGGGUACCUUCAGGGCCAGAGCCUGGAGAAUGUGAAAUCUGAUCACCAGUGGAACUCUGUGCUUCUGGACGGACAGUGGUUCCUAUUGGACGCCUGUUGGGGAGCAGGAAGAGUAGACAUGGAACAUGAAAGCUUCGUUAAAAGGUUUGAUGAUUUCUAUUUCCUAACGGACCCCGAGGAGUUCAUAGAGUCGCAUUUCCCCGAUGAGCAGCGAUGGCAGCUCCUGGACACGCCCAUCCCCCUGGAGGAGUUUGGGAGGAGGGUCUUCAAGACCUCAGCUUUCUUCACCACGGGGCUCAGGCUGAUCCAGCCUCAUCACUCUCACAUCGUCACCGAUGAUGGCGAAGCAAACGUGUCAAUAGGCUUCUCUAGGCCAACGACCUUUACCUAUGAGAUGACACAGCACCAGGACUUUCUCCAUUGUGAAGUUUCGGAGCAGAAAGAGUCCAGCAACUCCUCCUAUGGCCUUCUAACGGUUUCCCAUCGGAGCAUGAAGCUGAAGCUCCUGCCGCCUGCAACCGGCGUGUAUGACGUGAAGGUGUUUGCCCGACCUGAAACAGCCACCACGCAUCUGGUUUGGGUUUGCUCCUUCACAGUGGAUUGUCCGGUCCCCAGGGCCAUGGAGGAGAUCCCAGAGAACCCCUUCCUGUCUUGGGGCCUGCAGCCGGUUGCAGGAUCUCUGGGCGUUGCAGGCAGCAGCCAGGACAGCAAGGCGGCUGAGGUGGAGGAAGGUGUCUUUGUUUUGACAUUAAAGAGUUCCAGGCCUCUGAUGUUGCUGUGUGAGCUGGUCCACCCGGCGCUGGAAGCUGCUGUAGCUAAGCGCUGCGUGGCAACUCAGAUACAACCGGAUGUCCUGACCUGUCACGUCAUGUGCCCGUUACGUGGCUUCUACCGACUUUCAGUGUUUGUGCGAGACUAUGAGAAAACAGAGGUCAAGUUUCAGAAUGCUGCAAACUUCCUGUUGCACUGCAAAGGGAAGGUGGUGAGUCGGGAUGAGCUCUACCCUCCUAACCUGGGCUCGGUAUGCGGCCCGGGGUCCCGCACAAUAGAGGCGGGGCUGUCCAAAUUCAGCCACACAACGGCGCUGGUGAGUACCCAGCAGGGCAAAUGUAACAUCACCUUCCACAACCAGCGGGACCUCGAGCUUCACACGGUGCUCAGCAGGGAGGAGAACCAAACAGCAGCCAACCCACUUUCACGGCACGUCUUCUGCACGUUCACAGACAGCAAGGUGACGGUGAGCGCCAGUCUGCCUGAUGCGGGGGUGUAUCGGUUGGCCCUGUAUGCUAAGAUCACCCCUGGUGGAGAUUUCAGCCCCAUGUGUGACUUUGUUCUGAGGAACAGCUGUGUUCAGCCGGGGCCUCCGUUCCCCUGCGUCUACUCCGCCUGGAGAAAAGGCUGCGUGCUCUUUGAGCCUCGCGUGGGCCUACUGGAGCCCGUCGCGUGGGUCCGCUUCAGAGUGAGGGUCCCCGGGGCCCAGGGGGUGAGCGUGAUGGGAGAGACGCGAACUGAUCUGAAAAUGAAUAAGAGCAGAGUCUGGGAGGGAGAGGUUUUCAGUGGAAACGGGCUCCAACCACUGAAACUGGCCGCCACAUCGGGAGAGUCCACUGACAUGGCUGUUUUGAUGAUCUUUGACAUCAAGCAGGUGGAAGGAGAGCAGUAGAAAAGGCCAGUGGAGAAAAA